AUGAUGGUUAAGAGAAACAGAGAAGAGGGAGAUGAUGAAGCGCUGGCCAUGGCCAAUUGUUUGAUGCUGUUCUCUCGUGUCAGUCAGACUAUAUCAUCAUAUCCGGGUCGUCUAUUUGAGUGCAAGACUUGCAGCAGAAAAUUCCACUCCUUCCAAGCACUCGGUGGCCACCGAGCGAGUCACAAGAAGCCUAAACUACUAGCAGUGGAUCUUCUUCAUUCAAUAAAUCAAUCGAAGCCUAAGAUACACAAGUGUUCUGUUUGUGGCCUCGAGUUUGCAAUAGGACAAGCACUUGGAGGGCACAUGAAACGUCACCGUGCGGCGGCGACGGCGAGCAGUGAAGAGUUAGCGACAGAGAAUAAAAAAUCAUCGGUGCCGGUGCCGAUGUCAGUUUUGAAGAAGUCGAAUAACAAGAGAGUUAUGUGCUUGGAUUUAAACUUGACACCGUAUGAGAAUUGUGUAGAGUUGGGAAUGGAGUAG